AUGUCGGGGCACACCGUGGCGACGUGCCCGAGCCCUGGCGCUGCUGUCGCCAAGAGUCUGAAGGCGAAGAUCAGCCGCUUGGAGAAGACCAGCGCCAAGCCGAGGACGGGCCAGCUGAGGGCGAGCCAGCCGAAGUCGUUCAAGAAGUUGCGGCGCCAGCGCUCCAAGCUGCACUCGGCUGGCCACAGCGAGAAGCGCGCCAUCGCGUUGCAGGCCAAUUUGGAGAAGAAGAACCUGUUCGCGCGGGGCCGAAGGGGCGGUGCCACCAACAAGGACUUGCUCUACUUCCGCUGCAACGAUUGGGGGUGCCACUGCUACCGCAGCGUCGUGAAGUUCUCGAAGAUUCCGUGCAAGCUGAUCGGGCAAUUGCGCUGCGUCCAGCUGAGGUCGCUCCUCGAAUCCUAUACGGACGCGGCGGGCCAGGGCAGCGCCAGCGCGCGGAAGGCUGCCAAGUCGGCAUACUGCGGGUACAAAGUCGCGCACCGCCUGCACAGGUAUCUGCGCGGCUUGGAGGCGGACGCAGGGGACAAGGAGAACGAGUCGAGGCAGCUCGGCGGGGAGAUCGAGCCCAUCCGCAACGUCGAGGGCGACGGCGCGCUGGCCAGGAAGAUCAGGGUGAUCAGCAAGAGCACGACGUGGCGGACCGAGAUCGCAGAGGCGAAGAAGAGGACGAUCGCAUACCUGAGGUUGAAGGCAUGCAGGGCGAAGAAGCGGUCCUGCAAGUUCGUGGAGCCCAAGCGCUACAUGGUCCACGUCCGCUACGUGGGGCUUUGUGAGCGAGGUGGCAGGGUGGCCGCUGCCCCACUUCCUGUCCGCGUGGUGCCGCCUGGCACGGCGCCGCCGCCCGAGGCGCAGGGCGAGGUUCUCAAGUCGGGCAUCAUGAACAGACUGGUGAGGAAGAAGAAGGUGUUCCUCUUCUCCGAUGGCGCACUGGCCUGGCCCAAGAUCGUCGAGCAGCAGAACAAGGCAGGCCGCAACUUCGCGCUGUCGGCGGUGGUGCACCAGAAGCGGCAGUGCACGAAGCUCAUUGCCAAGAAGAAGAGGGGGCAGUCCCGCCUGGCUGGCACGCAGGCAAUGUACUCACGGUGGAAGUACAUGAAGUCGUACAUCCCGCGGACCCUGAAGGCCGCCAAGGGUCGCGCCGUGAACCCUGAGCUGCGCACAUACAUCAUGUCGUGGCAGUGGAGGCAGAACUUGGCAUGCACGGGCGCCGCGCUGUGGGAGAGCGUGGCCAGCCUGGCGGGGGCGUCGUAG